GAGGCCGAGAAACUCAUGGAUCAAGGCUUGAACGAGGAUGCUUCUGCCGAAGAGGCACGGCUACGAGGCCAGCGCGAGGAAGCUGUCAAGGAUUUGAAGCAUGGGACCGAUCUUCUGAAACAAUUCUUCAGCAAGGGGAAGCGUGAUCAGCUCUUGAAGCGAGUCUAUGAGAGCGAGGAGGGUGCCAAGUAUCUGGACAAGGCAGUCGAAUCCAUGACUCCCGAGGAGAAGGAUGUUUCCAAGAAGUGGCUCAUGCUUCAUAAGAAAGACGUCUUGCCCGCUCUGGACGCGUUGUUGAGAAGCAGCUGGGGAGGAAUGAGUACCAGGGCCAGGAAGCAGACGCGAAGCUGGCUGCUGUGCAGGAAGACGUGA